CCAUGAGCUACGCUCCAACUGGAGAGAAAAACGUGUUUCGUGGCUACGAAUCUGCGAAAAUUUUGUGCUUGAGAGACAGAAGAUGCGACUUCACAGGGUAGCGAUUGAACGAUGUCACUUCCACAAACAAGGAGACACCGAAGAGACCAAUGUGGUAAGACAGAGAGAGAAAAUUCGGGGGAAAAGGGGAAAAAGAUUGAGGAAAAAUUACGAAGAUGUAAGAAGAAGAAGAAGAAGAAGAAAUAGAAGAUGAAUCUGAAAAAAAUUAUUGUGAAUCAACCGGGAAGUAUUCAAGUUUUUGCAAUGCAGAUCGAUCAUUGUCACUGGAAUGGAAUAAUGCUGGAAGUUAUAUAAAGCUGGCUCAAAAGGAAGCGAGCUCUGAUUUUUCUGCGUGGAAAAGAAAAUCUUAUACAAAUCAAUCCUAGGGAUUCGUUGAAGUUUAAAAAUGAGUACUUCAGUGAAUAUCAUAGUAGGAUCUUAUGUCUGGGUUGAAGACCCAGACAAAGCAUGGAUUGAUGGGCAGGUUACAAAAAUUACUGGGCAAGAAGCAGAAAUCGAGACUCCUGACCUAAAAAAGGUUGUUGCUAAAUUAUCAAAAGUGUAUCCAAAGGAUACAGAAGCUCCUGCUGGUGGUGUUGAUGACAUGACAAAACUAUCUUAUUUACAUGAGCCAGGAGUCUUGCAGAACAUAAGAAGCAGAUAUGAACUCAAUGAAAUUUAUACUUACACUGGCAAUAUUCUAAUUGCAAUCAAUCCGUUCCAAAAGUUACCUCAUUUGUAUGAUAGUCAUAUGAUGGAUGAAUACAAAGGAGCACCUUUUGGAGAACUGAGUCCCCAUGUUUUUGCAGUUGCUGAUGUCUCUUACAGGGCUAUGAUCAAUGAGGGAAAGAGCAAUUCCAUUCUGGUGAGUGGGGAAAGUGGAGCAGGUAAAACAGAGACAACAAAAAUGCUGAUGCGGUAUUUAGCUUAUUUGGGAGGAAGGAAAGCUACAGAAGGUCGCACAGUUGAACAACAAGUCCUCGAAUCAAAUCCAGUUCUUGAAGCAUUUGGGAAUGCUAAAACUGUUAGAAAUAACAAUUCCAGCCGUUUUGGAAAAUUUGUUGAGAUCCAAUUUGACAAGCAUGGGAGAAUAUCAGGAGCAGCCAUCAGGACUUAUCUUCUAGAAAGAUCUCGUGUUUGCCAAAUAAAUGAUCCUGAACGCAACUAUCAUUGUUUUUACCUUCUAUGUGCAGCACCACAAGAGGAAAUUGAGAGGUAUCAGUUAGGAAGCCCAAAAUCUUUUCACUAUCUCAACCAAUCAAAAUGCUAUGAGCUUGUUGAUGUUAAUGAUGCCCAUGAGUAUCUUGCAACAAGGAGAGCUAUGGAUAUUGUUGGAAUAAGUAAAGAAGAGCAGGAAGCAAUUUUUAGAGUUACUGCUGCUAUUCUUCAUCUUGGGAAUAUUGAAUUCACAAAAGGGAAAGAGGUCGAUUCUUCAGUUUUAAAAGAUGAAAGAGCUAAAUUUCAUCUAAAGAUGACAGCAGAGCUUCUUAUGUGUGAUUAUGUGGGUUUAGAAGAUGCAUUGUGUAAAAGAGUGAUGAUUACUCCUGAAGAAAUUAUCAAAAGAAGUCUUGAUCCAACUAGUGCAUUAGUCAGCAGAGAUGGAUUGGCUAAAACAAUAUAUUCAAGAUUAUUUGAUUGGUUGGUGGAAAAAAUUAAUGUUUCAAUUGGGCAAGAUCGUACAUCAAAAUGUUUAAUUGGGGUUCUUGAUAUUUAUGGUUUUGAAAGCUUCAAGAACAACAGCUUUGAGCAAUUUUGCAUCAACUUCACAAAUGAGAAACUACAGCAACAUUUUAACCAGCAUGUGUUCAAAAUGGAGCAAGAGGAAUAUACAAAAGAAGCUAUUAAUUGGAGCUACAUUGAGUUUGUAGAUAACCAAGAUGUUUUAGAUCUCAUUGAAAAGAAACCUGGUGGAAUCAUUGCUCUCCUGGAUGAAGCUUGUAUGUUCCCAAAGUCAACACAUGAAACAUUUUCAAAUAAGCUUUAUCAUACGUUCAAAAAUCACAAACGAUUUGUGAAACCCAAGUUAUCACGUACAGAUUUCACAAUUGCACAUUAUGCUGGAGAGGUCCAAUACCAAUCUAAUCAAUUUCUUGACAAAAAUAAAGACUAUGUUGUCCCUGAACAUCAAGACUUAUUGGGUUCUUCUAGAUGUGCCUUUGUAGCUGGUCUUUUCCCUCCAGUUUGUGAAGAGUCACCUAAAUCUUCUAAAUUCUCUUCAAUUGGUUCUCGUUUUAAGUAUCAAUUGCAACAACUAAUGGAGACAUUAAAUGCUACAGAACCUCAUUAUAUUAGAUGUGUAAAACCAAAUAAUCAACUGAAACCUGCAAUAUUUGAGAACUCCAACAUCUUGCAACAAUUGCGGUGUGGAGGUGUUUUAGAGGCAAUCAGAAUCAGCUGUGCUGGUUACCCUACACGCCGUGCUUUCUUUGAAUUUGUAAACAGAUUUGGACUUCUUUGCCCUGAAGCCUUAACAGGAUGCUUCGAUGAAAAAACUGCAUGUGGGAAGAUUCUAGAAAAGAAGGGAAUCAAAGGCUUUCAGAUUGGAAAAACAAAGGUGUUUCUAAGAGCUGGACAGAUGGCUGAACUAGAUGCAAGAAGAACAGAAGUCCUGAGUAGUGCAGCACAAAUUAUUCAAAGAAGAAUACGAACACAUAUUGCUCAUAAACAAUUUAUAGAAAUUCGGAAAUCUUCAGUGGUCAUACAAUCUUUUUGUAGAAGUAGAUUGGCUUGCAAACGUUUUGAUGAGUUAAGAAGGAUAAGAGCUGCAAUAACAAUCCAAAAGCACUUGAGAAAGUAUCGUGCGCGUGUGGCCUACAGUAAGUUCCGUGUGGCUGUGCUUGAAGUGCAAACUGUCAUACGUGGACAAAAGGCUCGUAAGGAGUUCAUAUUUAAGAAACGAACUAAAGCUGCAAUUAAAAUUCAGACUCGAUGGCGUUGUUAUAGAGAUUCUAAAUACUAUAAAAAGCUAAAAAGGGGAGCUAUAGUUACACAGUGUAGAUGGAGGGGAAGAAUUGCAAGGAGAGAGUUACGAAAGCUUAAAAUGGCUGCAAGGGAAACAGGUGCACUUAAAGAAGCAAAAGAUAAGCUUGAAAAACAAUUGGAGGAGCUGACGUGGCGCAUACAGUUGGAAAAACGUUUAAGGACUGACUUGGAAGAAGCAAAAGUAAGUGAGGCUCAAAAAUUUCAAAAUGCUGUGGAAGCUUUACAAAAAAAACUUGAUGAAGCAAAUGCAAAUUUAGUCAAGGAGAAAGAGGAGGCAGCCAGGAAAGCUGUAGAAGAGGCGCCACCUGUCAUUCAAGAAAAAGAAGUACUUGUUCAAGAUACUAAAAAGAUUGAAUCCAUGACCACAGAGAUCAAUGAGUUAAAGGCGUUGUUGGAGUCGGAAAAGAAACACUCUGCUGAUUUAGAGAAGAAGUUAGGUGAAUCUCAAGAGUGUAGUGAAGAAAGACGCAAGAAGCUGGAAGAUUCAGAUAAUAAAGUACAACAGCUACAGGAUUCCAUGACCAGGCUGGAAGAUAAGCUCCAGAAUUUGGAAUCAGAGAGUAAAGUUUUCCGCCAACAAGCUGUGGCAAUGGCACCUAAUAAGUUCCUCUUACGUAAUAAAUCUAUCCUUCAGAGAUCAGACAGCGGACAUUUAUUUGCAGAUACAAAGCCGCCUCUUGAUCUGCAUAGUGUGUCGAUGAACACAAGGGAUCUAUCAGAACUGGAUGAUAAACCACAAAAAUCACUGAACGAAAAACAGUUGGAAAAUCAAGAGCUACUCAUCAAAUGCAUUGGAAAACACAUAGGAUUUGCAGGGAACAGACCAAUUGCAGCUUGUAUUAUAUACAAAUGUCUUCUUCAAUGGAGAUCUUUUGAAGUUGAAAGAACAUGUGUUUUUGAUCGCAUCAUCCAGACCAUCGGUCAUGCAAUCGAGAAAGCACAGGAUAAUAAUGAUAUAUUGGCGUAUUGGUUAUCGAAUGCCUCGACUCUUUUGCUUCUACUUCAACGCACUCUUAAAGCAAGUGGUUCAGCAACUGGACUGGGCCCACAACGUCGUCGAACAUCUGCCACGCUUUUUGGGAGGACUAGUUUCCGUGGAGCUCCUCAAGGAGUGAACCUUUCGUUUAUGAAUGGAGGGUUAAGUGCACUAGAAGCCGUAAGCCAAGUGGAAGCCAAGUAUCCUGCUUUGUUAUUUAAACAGCAACUUACAGCCUAUGUUGAAAAGAUAUAUGGAAUGAUCCGAGAUAAUCUAAAGAAAGAAAUAUCUCCACUCUUGGGCUUGUGUAUUCAAGCACCAAGAACUUCGAGAGCAAGCUUAGUGAAGGGUGGAGCAUCACGGUCUGUUAAUACCGCAGCUCAACAAGCUUUGAUUGCUCAUUGGCAAGGGAUUGUCAAGAGCCUCGGGGAAUUCUUGAACACCUUAAAAACAAAUCAUGUACCACCAUUUUUGGUACGCAAAAUUUUCACACAAAUAUUUUCAUUCAUCAAUGUUCAACUGUUUAACAGUCUUCUUUUGAGACGUGAAUGCUGUUCAUUCAGCAACGGUGAAUACGUGAAAGCAGGACUUGCUGAAUUAAAAAACUGGUGUUAUUAUGCGACUGAUGAGUAUGCAGGUUCAGCAUGGGAGGAGUUGAAACAUAUACGGCAGGCUAUCGGGUUUUUGGUUAUUCAUCAAAAGCCAAAGAAAACCCUGGAGGAAAUAAGUCGUGGUCUCUGUCCUGUUCUUAGUGUACAACAGUUGUACCGGAUUAGUACAAUGUAUUGGGAUGAUAAAUACGGCACACAUAGUGUGUCCACAGAAGUUAUAUCGAGCAUGAGGGUGAUGAUGACUGAAGAAAACAAUGCAAUUAGUAAUUCUUUCCUGUUGGAUGAUGAUUCCAGCAUUCCGUUUUCGGUUGAUGAUAUAUCAAAGUCAAUGGAGCAGAUAGAGAUCCAGGAUGUGGAGCCUCCAAAUCUAAUCCGUGAGAAUUCUGGAUUUAGCUUUCUGUUUCCACAGACCGAUUAGCUACUCUACUCAGAUUUACCUCAUUUUCUCCAAAUUAAUGUGGGCCCAUAACACCCAACCUGUCUCUGGUCUGCUGGAAUAACAAAAAAGAAGAAGCACAAGAAAUGUGGGUAUAAGUCAUAGAGAAACAACCAAACCAGUGUUUUUGUUUCGUGGGCCCCACCCAAUCCUAGUGUGUCAAGAAUUAUAUGGCUUUAUACAUUACAGUCGCUUUGUUGUACAACACUACUAGUUAUUAUUGUUUAUCUUCAUCAGUAA